AUGUCUGAGGACGCUCCCAAACCUCUGAAAGAGUUGCCCUUCCCGCCUUUGACGGCGUCACAUAUCCUCAAUUGCUCUUUCCAUUCGUGGCAACCACGUUUCCGAUCUCUCACGCCCAAGGCUAGACUGGUCCUUCUCUCGCAACCGUUCUUAGAGUAUCUCCGUGCUGACGGAAUUGUCUUGCCUCCCGAAAACAGCCCCAACGACGAAGACAGUGGCUUCGAGGAUGAGGAGGAAGAAGACCCCUCUGAGCCUUGGACUGAUGUCCAUGAACGAAUCCGCUCGACCAUUAAUGAACUCGGCGGCAAAGUCAUUCCCAAGUUGAAUUGGUCUGCUCCGAAAGAUGCUACUUGGAUUGCAACAACAAACGAUAUGGAAUGCCGAACACCCAACGACAUCUACCUUCUUCUAAAGUCGAGCGAUUUCAUAACCCACGAUCUCGAACAUACAUUCGACGGUUGUGUUGAUCAAGCGGAAGUUCCUUACCACCUGGCACUUCGAAAAUCAUUCAAUUUCAACCCAUCCUUGGAAUUCCGUUGCUUUGUGCGGAACAGGAAACUCAUCGCAAUCAGCCAACGGGAGAUGAACUAUUUCGAAUUUCUGUUUGAGCUGAGAAAAUCAUUCAAAGCAAAAAUUCAAGAUUUUUUGAAGCUUCUGUCUUCUUUCCCCGACGACAACUUUGUCUUCGAUGUUUACAUCCCUCCUCCGCAUGAGCGAGUUUGGCUGAUAGACAUCAACCCGUGGGCUCCAAGAACAGACCCCUUAUUGUUCUCUUGGCUCGAAUUGUUGCAGAUCCCAGAGCCAGAAGAGGACACCAUUGUCGACCCUGAGUUCCGAUUGGUGCAACGUGAUGACCCCGAAGCAUAUCAGUUUGCGGCGACGAAGUACAGUGCCCAUAAACUACCUAAGGAGGUUGUCGAUGCGAGUAUGGCGCCCGGCGACAUGAAGAACAUGAUGGAAGAAUGGAGAAAGGUGAUAGACAAACAAAUUGAAGAAGAUUCAGAUGAUGGAGACCCAUGA